GGUAUGAGCGCCGAGGAGCAGGACCGGCUGCGCUCCCUCUUCCGUGCCUACGACGUGGACAACUCCGGGCAGAUCGAGAAAAAUGAGUUUCUGAUCAUCUGCGCCGAGCUGCACGUCUCCGCGGCCGAGGCCGAGAGGAUAUUUGACCGGCUGGACGUGGACAACGACGGCACCGUCACCCUGCUGGAGUUCAUCAGCGGCUUCCACGACCGCUACGGGGACGAGAUGGAGGGAGGAGUGGUGUCCGCCGCCUGGGAGGACUUCGAGACAAGACUGGGGGACCAGUCCAAGUUCAUCCCAAAGAAUGAGCAGGCGGCUGCCCUAUACCAGAACAUCAGUCUGACCGAACCCAGACUGGUGCCUCAGUUUGAGAGAAUCAUCACAAACUUCACCAAAGAAAUCAAACAGCACCAUGCAGAGAUGGAGAACCUGGCGCUCGCUGUCAAACGAGCACAGGACCAAGCAUCAAUGCAACUCAGUGAGAUGGAGGAGGAGAUGGACCAACGUAUUCACGCUGCUGAGAGGAGGGCACGGCAGCAGGAAACCAAGCGAGCAGACACAGCACUGGAUGAGUUGAAAAGAACUUAUGAAAAUGAAGUGUGUGAGCUGCAGUGUAAGAUACAGAGGAUGAAGGUGGUGGAGGAGAAGUACAAGAACAUCACUGUAAAUGAUGAGAGCCCAGCUUUGAAGAAGAGGAUAAACGAGCUGACACUGGAGAACCAGAAGAUAAAACACGAGCUGAUGAGGUCUCAGACCAAAGUUGCCUGUCUGCAGAGCGACAUGGACUCACUGAAGACAGAACUAACUGAUCAAAGCAUCAACAACGAGCGAGACGAGGAGUUAAUGAAAGCUUUCUCUGACGAGAGAGACGUCCUGGAGGCCCAGAUCGAGGUUCUGCAAACAGCCAACAGGAAACUCCAUGACACCAACGAUGGUCUGAGAACAGCACUAGAGAGGUACAAAAAGAUUGGUGGCAAUGGGUCGGACAUCAAGAACAGAAACAGAAGUAAAAGCGUGUGCUAUCCAUCGCCGCAGAUGGCACAGUUUCCCCCACCGUAUUCAUUCAUGGAGAGGUUUUCCCAGCGUAUGGACGAGGAGCCUCUGUUCCCCCGCAGGCCCAGCGGUGACACCAUGGCCUUGGCCAUGUGUGACCCGGGCCUGAGGCGAAGACACAGCAGUGAGUGCGAAGAAGACAGCCUGCCUGAGAGCUACAUGGACAGCGGCCUGUCGACGCUCAGAGGCUCACAUGGAGGUUAUGACUCGGAUCAGGAGGUCAAGGGUCAAGAAAAAAGAAAGGAGGAGAACAAAGUUUGCGUGAAUGGAGUUAACUCUGUCUCUGAGCCAGCAAGGAUGCAGGACAUUAGAUCGUCAUUUGGGUCUGAAAACGGCUCCAUUAUGGACUGGAGGCGCUCUCAGUCACUCAGCAUCGCCGACCGUGAAGCCCCACUCAUACGAAAACCCCUCUCUGCCAUCACUACUCAGAGGAGGGAUAGGGACAGGAUUGCCCUGGGUUACAUGACAUUAGAGAAGGCCUACAGGAUCGUGUUGGCUGGAGAUGCUGCCGUGGGCAAGUCCAGUUUCCUGCUCCGCCUCUGCAAGAACGAGUUCAAAUUAAACUCCAGUGCUACUCUGGGUGUGGAUUUCCAGAUGAAGACCCUCAUUGUGGAUGGAGAGCCUGCUUUGCUACAGCUAUGGGACACUGCGGGACAGGAGAGGUUCCGCAGUAUUGCCAAGUCUUAUUUCCGCCGAGCGGACGGUGUGCUGCUGUUGUACGACGUGACCUGUGAGAGGAGCUUCCUUAACGUUCGAGAGUGGGUGGACAUGAUUGAGGAUGUAUCCCAGGAUGAUAUUCCCAUCAUGCUGGUGGGUAAUAAGAGUGACCUCAGACAGGAGGGAGUCAGCUGUGUCCCUACUAGCUACGGACAGAAGCUGGCUAUGACGUACAAUGCUCUGUUCUGUGAAACCAGUGCCAAAGAUGGCUCCAACGUUCUGGAGGCCGUGCUGCACCUGGCCAGAGAGGUCACCAGGCACGUCAAGUUUGAUGAUGACAGCUAUACCUCAAUGAAAGGCCUGUCAGCUAACAGGCACAGACCACAAAACUUCUUAUGCUGCACUUGA